CUCCGUUCUAGCGUUCAGUUGUUUUGCUUCCGGGAAGAGCUGCGUGACAGUAGCGUCUUCUUCAGGAUGGCGACAGAUGGCGACUUCUUGCUGCGAUACAGAGCUGUCUCUAACAAGCUUAAAAAGAGAUUUUUACGAAAGCCAAAUGUUGCCGAAGCUAGUGAGCAGUUUGGUCAGUUGGCCAAAGAACUCAAGCAACAAGACUGCCUUCAAUAUGCUGGUUUCUGUAACUUAGCUAUGGCUAGAUGUGAGCAGACACUGUUUAAUGCUCCAGGAGAGGCCAUGGCAUUAACUGAAGCUGCACGUCUAUUUUUACAAGAAGAAAAGGAGACUCAGCGCUUAAAGUGCCCAGGGUUUGAAGAACAUCUGCAGGCUGCCAUCAACUGCUAUAGCUUUGCCAUUAAAGUUUACAUUGAACUGAACCAGCCGGUGAUGGCAGCCAGCCUUUGCCUGGAACUAGGAAAUUCUCUGAAGGACAUGAGUAAACUGGGAGAAGCCAUAGUGUAUUUCCAGCGUGCAGCAGAGUUACAAACACAAGUUCCUAUUGAGUGCCUGCUGUCACUUGGAUAUGUAGCUUCCUGUAAAAUCAUGACACGUGACUAUGAUGGAGCAUUGGCUGUAUUCACAGAAAUGCAGCUUCUGGCCCAGGAAAAGGGAUUGCACACCCCUGGAAACAGUCUACCGGUUGGGGCAUUUCUGGACAUCAUAGCAAAGUGUGAAGUAUCCAGGGUCCUGCUGCUUAUGUUGUUACAGCCUCCACCUCAGAAGUUGCUGCCUGAACAUGCUCAGACUCUGGAAAAAUAUGACUGGGAAGCAUUUGAUAGUCACAGCCAUGUGAAUUAUUUGACAGAAGAGGUGUUUUUACUGUUGCAGUCAGUAGUUAUGGCCUGCCAAGAAAAUGAUGUGGAAUCCCUAAAGGUUCUGCAAGUGGAGCUAUGGCCACUCUUGACACCUGAGCAGAAUCACUUACUGCAUUUGGUCCUGCAAGAAAUGAUUUGCCCGUCAGGUCAAGGCAUCUGAACUUUACAAGCAUAUCAUUCUGUAGUACAAAGUAGUUUACGUAAACUUCCUGUAGUAUGUUCAGAAAUAGUUCUUCUGUGCCCCAGAGAGAAGAAAGUACCAGGUUAAUCAUCCUCCUAACUGAGACUGGACAGGUUUAACAAAUCAUUACCCUCCAGGUUUUAGCCAUGGAGGAACUCUAGGAAAAGAGAAGGUGGGAUCAAAUUCUACCUUUUCCUGGGUUUACUUGUGCCAGUAAAUAAUACAUGAAUUCAUUUUAAUGGCUGGAAGAUACACAAAGCACUUUGGGGGCAAAAAGGGGGUCUGGGGAUAGUGGAGGGCAGGCCUAUUUGUAAAGAUGAGCACUGAGCUGCUAAUUUUAAUGGUGCAACAGUUUGCCUCAGGGCCAUUAAAGCAUUAUGCUCGACAGUGUAGGAAUGAAAACUGAUAGGGUUCAGCAAAGCAAACUGCAAUAAUGUGGCCACCCUAUAUAUUUGCAUUUGCAGUAAAUGAUAAAAUGUUUUCUCAGACUGCCUCCAUCGGAAGGCUAGACAAAGAAAAUGUUUUGUAGUACUCACAGAUAUUCAUAAACAAUACAAAAAUUGCAUCUUUAAAUCUGCAUAGUCAUUGCUAUUGAUCUGACUGUGUCCUAAAAAGAAUUCAAGGCUCAAGAAGUUUUGUAAAUAUUAAAACUGGUUGAAGGGGAAACUCGUAAUUUAAUUAAGUCUUAGUGUUUUCUCAUCAACAAAAAUGUAUAUAGAGUUGUUUGGUUUAUACUUAACAUGAAAAACUGCAUAGAACGAUGGUGACACCCGCAUAUUUCAUUUCCGCUUUUUUUUUGGCUGCCAAGAUUUCAUUUCUCAUUUACUGUCUGCAACUGUACAUAUGAAUGGACUGUCAUCCACGAGCAGAGCCAGCUUGCUAUUCAUACAAAUGCCUUCGUUGUAUGUAUUAACACUGUGUGGUGCUGUGACUGUUAAAUAGAUUUCGCUGUAUUGUUCUGUAAAAGAAACUUUCUGUAAAUAAUGUGUAAUAUGAGUAAGAAUGGAUUAAAGUGAUACAUUAACACUCUUAAA